AUGAAGGUAGAGGAGUUGAUUAUCGACGGAUUCAAGUCGUAUGCUACUCGUACUGUUAUUUCAGGAUGGGAUCCUCAAUUUAAUGCAAUUACUGGGUUGAAUGGGUCGGGAAAAUCCAAUAUUUUAGACGCCAUCUGUUUUGUAUUGGGAAUAGCAUCGAUGUCCACUGUUAGGGCGUCUAACUUGCAAGAUUUGAUAUAUAAAAGAGGACAGGCAGGUGUAACAAAAGCCAGUGUUACGAUUGUAUUUGAUAAUAGUGAAGUUUCGAAAUCUCCCAUUGGGUUUGAGAAUUGUCCCAAAAUUAGUGUCACCAGACAGAUCAUCCUUGGGGGAAGUUCAAAGUACUUGGUUAACGGGCACAAAGCACAGCAGCAAACUGUGUUGAACUUAUUUCAAUCCGUUCAGCUUAAUAUUAACAAUCCGAAUUUCUUGAUCAUGCAAGGUAAGAUCACGAAGGUUUUGAACAUGAAGCCGACUGAGACCUUGUCGUUGAUUGAAGAAGCAGCGGGCACGAGAACUUUUGAAGAAAGAAAAGAUAAGGCACAGAAGACCAUGGCUAAAAAGGAGUCCAAGUUGAUUGAAAUACGAAGUCUUUUACAAGAAGAGAUCGAACCUAAGCUCGAGAAGUUGAGAAAUGAGAAGAGAACAUUUUUAGAAUUUCAACAGAUCCAGACUGAUUUGGAGAAAAUGUCUAGAAUUAUUGCCGCUCAUGACUAUGCGCUAUAUUCUAAGAAGUUUGACGAACAUUCGACCAUGUUGAACGAGCGAGAAACAAUUAUGGAGAAUCUAAAUCGAGACGUUGAAAAAUUAGACACUGAAAUAAAGAACUUAACUGAUGAUUUAAACCAAGUAAAGAAACAAAGAGAAUUGGAAUUGAAAAAAGAUGGUAAAAUCAGAGAACUAGAAACUUUAGAAAAUCAAUACUCCGAUGAAAUUACUCGUUUGAACACUUCGAGAGAUAUUAUAGCUGAAAACAUAAAAAGUGAGACGAAAAAAUUAACUAAACUAGAGCAGCAAAUUUCCCAGUUACAACAAGCUCUUGAAAAUAAUGCAGAUAUUUACAGUAACCACGAGAAACAAUAUAAAAAUGCCAAAGAUGCGUUGGCAGAGUUGAAAAAUGAAUUUAACAAAAAGGAAGAGUUAUUGUCGACACUUUCUACAGGUGUUUCGUCUAAAGGUAACACAGAUGGGGGAUAUUUGGCACAGCUUAAAGAGGUUAAAGAGAAAUUGAAUGACUCGAAUGUUUUUGUUCAGCAAUCGAAGCUAAAGAUUACCCACCUUACUAAACAGAUUAGUAAUGAUAAAUCUAAAUUAUCUUCUGCAAAACAAAGCAAUGAGUCCGUAUUGAAAGAUAUUGAAUCUUACAAGCAAGAAAUUAGCCACAAAGAGUCUAAGCUUGCUGAAUUUGGAUACGAUUCAAAGAGAGUGUCUGAGCUCAGACAACAAGAAUCUGUGCUUAGCGACAAAGUAAACAAAUUGAACAAUGAGCUUAACUACUUAAGAAGAGAAGUGGGCAAUGUAGAAUUCAAUUAUACGAAGCCAAAUCCAAACUUUGACAGCAAUGUUGUAAGGGGAAUUGCAGCUCAAUUGUUUACGUUAGACGAAUCAAACGCUGAUAAGGCAAUGGCUUUGCAAGUAUGCGCUGGUGGUAGAUUGUACAACGUAAUUGUUGAUACCUCUGAUGCAGCAUCUCAAUUGUUAGAAAAGGGAGAGCUUAAGAAAAGAGUCACAAUAAUUCCUUUGGAUAAGAUUUCUUCAAGAGUUAUUGAUGAUAGGGCGGUAAAAGCAGCUAAGACGCUAUGCCCCAAUAAGGUUGAGCUUGCCUUAAAUUUGGUUGAUUUUGAGAACGAACUAUUGAAAGCUAUGCAAUAUAUAUUUGGCAAUACAUUUAUUUGCAAUGACCCUCAAACUGCAAAAAUGGUCACUUUUGACCCACAAAUUAGAGCAAGAUCAAUAACACUCGAGGGAGAUAUAUAUGAUCCAGAGGGUAACUUAUCAGGUGGAUCAAGAAAAAAUAAUUCUUCAAUAUUAAUUGCCAUGCAGAAAUAUAAUAAAUUACAAAAUCAAAUUAAGAAAUACCAAAGUGAACUAUUCACCAUCCAAAGAGACUUACAAGAUUUCGAAAAAUUGUCUCAUAAAACUCACUCAUUACAGAAUGAGAUUAAUUUAAGUAAGCAUGAAUUAACAUUGUUGAUGAGAAAGUUUGAAAAUAAUCCUUCUUCAUUAAUUUUACGUGAGAAUGAAAAAAAUGAACAAGAAAUUAAAGCCUUGACUGAACAGAUAAAGGAAGAAGAAGCGAAGUCUAAGACAUAUUCGAAUGAAAUAUUUUCAAUUGAAAAGGACAUGAAGGAAUUUAGUAGUGACAAAGGCUCCAAGUUGAAAAAACUAGAAAAAGAAACCUCAGCCUUGAGAGAUCAAGUUCUCAAUAAAGAAGAAGAAAUCAGAGAAAAGUCAGACGAAUUUCAAUCAAUGCAAAUUGAAUCCGAGCAGCAGCAAGGAGAGUUGACUAAUUUAAAGGAAUCAUAUGAAUAUAGCAAAAAUAUUAUUCAUGAAUCCAAUCAAGAAUUGAAAAAUACUCAAGAAAAUAUCACCGAAAAGAAUGAGAAUCUUGAACAUGUGAAAAUCGAAUUAGAAGAGGAAAAAGCUAACUUAUUAGGUCUUAAUGAAGAAAUGAAUGAAUUAACAUCAAUACUCCAGUCGAAAAAUGAGUCGUUGAAUAAUUCUAAGUUAUCUAUCCAAAAGCUAAACCAUGAACUUGAAAAAUCGUCAUCUAUUACUAAUAAGUUAAAGAACCAUUUGGACAAUUUAGUUCAAGAGCAUGAUUGGGUCAUGGACUCAAAUAUUUUGGACAGCAUAAUUCAGAAGUACCCUAAUAUCAACUUAGAUGAAUGUCACGAACAGGAAGAAGUGUUGAAAGAGAAAUUCCAGGGUAUGAAGCGUAAAGUUAAUACAAAUAUUAUGAAUAUGAUAGACAAUGUUGAAAAGAAAGAAUCGUCCUUGAAACAAAUGAUAAGGACCAUUGAAAAGGAUAAGUCUAAGAUUGAAAAUACUAUCGACAAGUUGAAUGGUUAUAAGAGGGAUACAUUGAACACCACUUACCAAAAAGUUUCUGUUGAUUUCGGGAAUAUUUUUGCAGAUUUAUUACCAGGAUCUUUUGCCAAGUUGGUGCCUGUCGAUGCCGAGGAUGUAACUAAAGGUCUAGGUGUUAAAGUUAAAUUGGGACCUGUGUGGAAAGAAAGUUUAGUCGAAUUGUCUGGGGGUCAAAGAUCAUUGAUUGCGUUAUCGUUGAUCAUGGCGUUAUUACAAUUCAAACCGGCACCGAUGUACAUUUUAGAUGAAGUUGAUGCAGCUUUAGAUCUUUCACACACGCAAAAUAUCGGUCACUUAAUUAAGACUAGAUUCAAGGGUUCUCAAUUUAUUAUUGUUUCUUUGAAGGAAGGAAUGUUUACGAACGCGAAUAGAGUUUUUAGAACCAGAUUCCAAGACGGAACCUCGAUUGUAUCGGUUAUGUAA